AUGAAAUUCCAGUGCCUGGCCUGCUACGAAGAACGGCCAGCCAGGAAAACCGUCAAGCUGAGCUGCCACGCCUACUGCAAAGGAUGCUUCCGCCAGCUCCCACCCAAAUGCUGCGGGCCGAUCGACGAGGCAACGUGCCUCAAGAACAUCCCUCGUGGCCUGCGCAAAGUCUACAAGGCAAAGAAGCUCGAGUACAGCGUCCCUUCCCACAAGCGCUACUACUGUCCAUGGCCAGACUGCGGGAUAUUCGUCCCCGAUGAUGAAAAAGACAAGCCAUUCGACAGGGCGCGAUGCAAGCGGAGGCACGUUACAUGCAGGAAGUGCCUGGGCGCCGCACACAAUGACCCGGUCAACUGCGAGGAAAACCAAGACCUGAAGCUCGUGACGCAGAUGGCCGACCGGGAGGGCUGGAGGAGGUGCUGGAAGUGUGGCACCAUGAUCGAGCACACCAGCUUCUGCCGCCGCAUGCACUGCCGGUGUGGCGCUGAGUUCUGCUUCGUCUGCGGAGCGAGGUGGUGGUCGUGUAGGUGUACCGAGCGCCACCUGAGGGAACUCAAGGAUCGCGUGGCACGCCAAGCGGAGAUACGGCGGCAGACGGAACGCGUGGCAAAGGAGAGGAUGGAACGUGUGGCACAAGGAGCAGCUUUGGACGAAACCCCUCUAGAUUUCGAUCAAACUCUACUAGAAUUCGAGAAUUCGGCCAACCCCCCUAGAACUCAGUAG